AUGUCAAACGAUACUUCGGAACAUGUUACCCAAAUCCACGAUGAGGAGAAAGGUCUGCACAGAACAACGACUGGGGUGACCAUGUCUCCAGAACUAUUCGAAAAGUUGUAUCUGACGCCGAAGGUCCCACGUGUCGGAGACUAUAACAAACGGUUUGCAAAUCCAACUGGGCUUGGUUUGGUCGGCUUCGUCAUAUCCACUUUCACCUUUGCGAUCAUAUUGAUGGGCUGGGGAGGCGCCAGCGGUUUCUCUCCUGUCGUCGGGAUAUUCUUCUUUACAGGCCCCGUUCUCCUGAUCUUUGCGAUGGUCUUCGAAUGGGUCAUGGGCAAUUUCUUCUCGAUGAUGGUAAUGGGGCUUUUCGCCGUCUUCUGGCUGUCGUUCGGACUCCUCCAGUUGCCGACUUUGCAACUCGGUAUUCCGUACGCGUCUUCUGUGGAUCCGACCGGGCUGGCAUCGCCGGAGUACAAUUCAGCAGUUGGCUUGUAUUUGCUAGUCUGGGGAUUCGCCUUAUUCACCUACUUCAUCUUCACCUUAAAGAUUAAUACCGUGUUUGCACUCAUCUUCGGGCUCGUGAGUAUUGCGUCAUGGAUUCUUUCGGGCGCAUACUUCAAAGUGGCCGCCGGUGAGUAUGAUGCGGCUGGCCGACUCCAAAAGGCGGGUGGAGCAUUGCUAUUCGUAGUAGCGGGAUUAGGCUGGUACAUGACGUUCAUCGUAAUGGCUGCAGAGAUGCGCAUUUCUGUCAAGCUUCCUGUCGGCGACUUGAGCCAUCUUUGGCCUCGGACGGAUAGAGAGAUCACCGCAGGAGAUCAUCAAGACUAG